AUGAAUCUCUGGAUCGCGGGGAUUUUUGGGCGCUUCUGGGGCGUGAUCGAGGAGGUCGAGGAGGUGGCCGAGGCCGACGACGACGCGGACGUCGAAGAGGUGCCUAUGACGGAAGCGAUCGCGGCGUCGAGCGGAAACAUCAGCGAGUCGACGGAAUCCGAGGAGUCCGCGGAGCUCGCGGACCCCGGCUGGGACAGGAAGGGGGCGAUCCGGGACGUAGCCUAUUUCCUGCGCGCCCACAAGUUCCGGGACUACGAUCGCAGGUACUACAGGAGCGUGGAGGACAGCCCUUGGAGGCUCUUUCGGGACUUCCCGAAGCCGAGGCUCCGGUCCUUGCACUGGGAGGUGCACAAGUACUGCGACCUGGGCUUCGCGAGGUGCCUCAAGUAUCUCGAGGACAUGGUCGCCCAGACGGCCCUGAGGCGCGAGGACGACACCGUCACCGUCAUACGCCGGUUUAAUUGGAACCAGGCGAACCACUCUCGGCAGAUUCUGUCGGCCCAGAAGGACUGCGAGGCCGCCAAGAAGAGGGACUCUCGGCUGGUGGAGCCCUUCGAGGGACCCAUCGAACGAUUCCAGUGGCGCACCUCGGCCAGCUACUAUAUGUGUCGGUUCACGAUGCUCGGCAUCCCCGACUUGGCACACUUCGGCGAGUCUUGCGCCAACCACGCCAAUUGUCUGGACGAGUACGGCGCGAACAACCGCGACCCCAGGGCCGACGACUCGAAGCCCUUCGCUUGCGCCCUUUACAGCUUCUGUCCGGAUCGCUGCUGUCCCCUGAUGCACGUCUGGUACACGAAGGACUGCUCCCAGUCGACUCUCAAUCCCUGCUACGAUGGGAAUCCUCCAGGUCGUCGUGAGUGCAUUUUGAAGCGAGAGGAAAAUCAGAAUUUUGCUUCGCUCGCGUUGAACCAGAUCAACGUCACCUGCGAGUGUCAGCAGUCGGGAUAUGAGUGGUCUUCCAGGUACGGAAUCUGCAUUGACGUAAACGAAUGCACCAGGGAAAAGCAUAAUUGCUCGCUAGCAGCCGGUCAAACGUGUUUCAAUCUGCCUGGCACUUACGCGUGCAUAUGUCGCCUGGGAUUAGUGUAUCAUCCCGAAAAGAACUCCUGCGUGCCCAGCGAAGCCAUCUUGAAGGCUCUCCAGGAGGUGGAGGAGGAAAGGAACGACACGGAGACAAAGAGUCUGCUCGCAUUGAUCGUCGAUGCGGUCACGAGAUCAAAGGCCAUCGGCCUCCGGGUCGGCUUCGAGAUCGCUCCGUUCCUCGCGGUGGUAAUCCUCGGAUUUUAUUCGUUCUUCCCUCUCUAG